UUUAAGAGAUUAACUUUCCGGUGGCUUACAAAGAAUUUGAGUGUUCACUAUAUAAAUAAAAUAAAAAUCAAUAUUCAUGCAUAUAUCGUACAACUCUAUAUUACCAUCUACAUUCAAGUGGUCUAGAAGUCAAGGAAUCUCAUACAAUUUCUCUAACAAGAUUGAAAAGGAGAAGCUUAAGGUACAUUACAAAGUUAUUGCACAUACACUAUACAAAUUCUAGAUGACUACUACUAAAAAGAUAACAUGGAAGUCUAUGAUCUUGAUCCUAAAUUGUUACAAGAGUAAAUACCCUUUGGAGGAAUCAGAGAAACAUGUUCUAAAACAAGGUUCUUUGCAAAGACUAUGUUUAUCAGAUAUAAGCAAUUCAAGUUCAAGUCAAGCUAUUGAAGAUCUUUCAGUUUCUUUUGCUGGUUCUAAACUUCAUGCAUUCACACUUGAGGAGCUAAAAGAAGCAACACAUAAUUUCUCAUGGAGUAAUAUGUUAGGUGAAGGUGGAUUUGGACCUGUUUAUAAGGGUUUUGUUGAUGAUAAACUUAGACAAGGGUUAAAGGCUCAAACUGUAGCUGUUAAAUGUUUGGACUUGGAUGGCUUGCAAGGUCAUAGAGAGUGGCUGGCAGAGAUUAUAUUUCUUGGACAACUAAGUCAUCCACAUCUUGUGAAGUUAAUUGGAUAUUGUUUUGAAGAUGAACACAGGCUUUUGGUGUAUGAAUACAUGCCAAGAGGUAGCUUGGAGAAUCAAUUAUUCAGAAGAUACUCUGCUACUAUGCCAUGGUCAACAAGGAUGAAAAUCGCAUUGGGAGCUGCUAAAGGCUUAGCAUUUCUUCAUGAAGCAGAUAAACCUGUAAUAUACAGAGAUUUCAAAGCUUCAAAUAUCUUACUAGACUCGGAUUAUACAGCUAAGUUAUCAGACUUUGGACUAGCUAAGGAUGGUCCUGAAGGAGAAGAGACACAUGUAACGACACGCGUAAUGGGAACACAUGGUUAUGCGGCUCCUGAGUACAUCAUGACAGGUCACCUCACAACAAAGAGUGAUGUGUAUAGCUAUGGAGUGGUUCUAUUAGAAUUGCUCACAGGAAGAAGGGUAGUGGAUAAGUCUUCAGAAUCAAGUAGAGGGAAAAACUUGGUGGAAUGGGCAAGACCAAUGUUGAGAGAUCAAAAGAAGCUGCACCGUAUUAUCGACCGUAGACUUGAAGGUCAAUAUCCUACCAAAGGAGCUUUGAAAGUUGCUAUGUUAGCUUUUAAAUGUUUGAGUCAUCACCCAAAUCCAAGACCCUUCAUGAGUGAUGUUGUUAAGGUUUUGGAACCACUUCAAGAUUUUGAUGAUGUUUUUAUAGGACCAUUUGUUUAUGUUGCUGUAAAUGAAAAUGGUGACAAAGAUACAAUAUAGUACACCUAAGUAACUUAGGUAAAUAUUAUAGCUUAUAAAAAAAAAAAAAAAAAGGGAAAAGGAAAAAAGGAAAACAAAAAAGUUGUGUUACAUAUAUUUUCCUAAGGGACAAGUUUGAUUUUCAAAAUCAUGAUGCAAGUAGUUAUACAUGUGUGACUCGUAUAAUCACUUCGUCUAUUUAUUAGAGUUGUUGGAUAGAGAUUAGACGAUUCAUAUUGUGAUUUUGACAAAUCAAUAAUUUAAAAUCUCGAUUGAUGGUUAUCAAGUCGAUGUUGGUAUGUCAUAGCCAAAAAAAAAUAUUAGAGCUGCAGCAAAUGUUUCAUAUGGAAUAAGUACUAUACUACCACAUGGAAACUCAAGUUUUCAAAAGUGGUAAAGGAUUGAUGAAGUACAAAGGCUUGAAGGAAGUGUUUGCACGGAUGUUAUUAUCAAUAGUAUUACUUAUGUUUGGAUGACUUCAAACUCUAGUCUAGAAUAUACAAACAACUCAUCAAAUUAUAAUAUAUUUGACAAAAUUAUUGUUG